AUGAGUGAUAUAGCCCUCUCUAGGAUAGCACAUUUGCUUAAAGUGGAGGAUGAUCUCGUGAAGAUUCCUGAAUUACGACAACAAUUCAUUCGAGAAAAGGCAUCGAUUGAUGUUAAAUUAAGUUCAACAACACAACAACAAAUCGAUUCAUUAAUGACGAAUAUAUCGAAAUUGAAUGAUGCUUCAAGUAGGAUCAAUUCCAUCAAGGGGAACAUCACUCGAAUCAAUCAGAUUUAUGAUGAAUCAAUCACCAAUAUCAAGGAUUAUGCCACCAUUAAGAAGAUGUCAAGUGUUAAUCAAUAUUUGAAUCAAGUGGAGAAUUUAUAUCAAGAUAUUAGAUCAUAUUCGAAUAUAUUGGCUAAAUUGAAUAAGAAGAUUGAAGCGGAAUAUCAACAAUUGAAUGAAGAUCUUUCAUAUCCUUUACCUAAUAUCAUAUCUAUACAUUUUGAAUAUAAUCGAGUUCGGAAUUUUCUGGAUUAUUUAGAAACUUUUUCAAACCAAUUAUCUGAUGAUUUAAAGGCCUUUGUGAAUAAAGUUAUUAAGAUGACUAAGACUACGAUCCGAUUAUUCGAUGAAUUGUUGAAAGAAAUGAUUAUUAGUUUGACAGAAGCAGUUAAGGAUGAUAAUGUUCAAUUGGUUUAUAAAUUAGUGAAGAUUAUUGAAUUUGAAGCUAAUGAAGAUUUAAAAUUCACCUUAAUGGAAAAUCUUGGAAUUAAUCAAGGUAAUGGUGAUUUCAAAACCAUUGAUUAUGUUAAUUUCAGAGGUUCAAAACGGAAUUAUAAGAAAUUCUUUUAUAUUAAAUUAGAAGAAUGUCUUGAUGAUACAUUUAAUGAUUGUAUUAAACAUUAUUCCAGUGAUCCCAUGCAAGUUUAUGAAGGGGGGUUAGAUUGGUUAGAAGAUGAAUUAAGAUUUGUAUUUCAACGAUUAAAUCCAAUGUUACCUUCUAAUUGGGAUGUUGAUUCGUUUUUUCAAAAUGUUUAUUAUAAUAGAUUACAUAAAUAUACUAUGGAUGUAAUUAAUACUGAUCCACCAGCAGAAGAUUUAAUGAAGAUUUUGAAUUAUGAUACUUAUUAUGGUAAAUUCCUUGUUGCUUUACAAAACCUUGAUACUGAUGAUGAUAAAUCAAAGAGAAAAUCAGUUAUAAAGAAAGAGCAAAAAUCGAUUAUUGGAGAAGAAUUAAAGAAUAGUGUAUUAGAAGAUUAUUUGAAAGUCAUUACUAGUAAACUGGAUGAAUGGACCGAUAAUUUAAUUAAAAUGGAAUCGGAGAAUUUCGUUCAAAGACUGAUUCCUCCUGACACUUAUCAUUAUAGUCAACAAAUUGAGGAUGAAGAUGUUAAUGAUCAAUUAAUCACCGUGGAUAUUACAAGUGAUGUCUAUGUAUUACCUGAUUUCAAUUCUGCCUUGACAAUGUUAAAGGGUCAAGCUGAUGUGGCGGCUGAUUCAGGAUAUUCUAAGAUUUUAGCUGGGGUAUUAGAAAAUUUUUCCAAAUGUUAUAUUAAACGAAUUAUAAAUUUUCAAAAAUUAAUUGAAGAUGAAAUUGAAAAAUAUAUGUCGAUCUAUAGUAAUGAAGGAUGUUUAAUUAAAGAAAGUAAAGCUAAGAGAUUAUUCAGAUCGGGGAAAUCAAAUACAUCUAAGACACCUCAAGAUUUCGAAAAUAUGACACCUGAAGAAUUAGCCCAAAUUUCGCAACCGGCCCUUAUUGAAUAUCUUGCUGCCUUAGGGAAUACAUUUGAGAUUAAUACAGAUCGAUUAUCAGAUAAAUUCUUACCUGAAUAUCAAGAAAAAGUUCAUAGUGCCUAUCAAAAUCGAUUAAUUCAAGCUAUUGAAGAAACUAAUAAUCCAAGUACAGAAUUAAAUGCCCAAAUUUUACGAGCUAUAGUUGAUAUUAUUGUUAAUGAUUUAUAUCCUGAAUUAUCGAAAUUAUUUACAAAAUCAUGGUAUGAAGAUGGACAAAACCUUACUCUGGAUCAAACUACUGGAGCAGCUAGAAUUGCGGAAACUAUUGCGGAAUAUAUGGGAGAAUUAAGAAGUUAUACCACCUAUGAUAUUUAUUCUUUAACGUUUAAUAUUUUAUUGGAUUCAUUUAUAUCAGAUUAUAUUCGAAUUGGAUAUGAAAAUAUCUUACAUGGUGAUGGGAAAAAGAUUGAUCCUAAGGCAGUUAAGAAAUAUAAAUCAUUUUCAGAAGGAAUUAAUAGAGAUGUCACUCUUAUCUAUGGUAAAUUACAACCAUUAUUUACCAGAAAAGAUACGGCCUAUUUAAUGAGUUUACAAGCAAUUGAAUUGUUGGGUGAUUUAGGGAUGUGUGAUGAACCUAUGACUAUCAUACCACAAAUUUGGGAACAUGAUAUUUUACCAUUAUUUUAUUAUUGUCCGAUUGAAUAUGUGAGAGGGUUAUGUUUAUGUCGUAAGGAUAUGGAUAAACGUCAAGUUAAUCAAUUAUGUGAACAAUUGGAAAUUAUUCAAAAGGAUUACCAAUCUAAAGUUGAACCUCCAUCCAUGCCGAUUGCUACGUUGAAUGAUUUUACAUUUAAGGAUUAG